AUAAAACCCAACAUCCCCACAUGAAAGGCUUCCCUGUUCCAGGCCCUGAAGGAAGAAGAAAAGGGGUCAUCAAGAAAUUCAAUCAAACAUGGUUUCCGCCCGCACCUCCGCUCUCAUGGUCCUGAUCGCUGCUGCGACCGCCACCCUCUUGCUCGCCCACCACGCCGAUGCAGGCCGAGUCUUGAGCACAGUCGAUCUCUGCCAACAAACCGACUACCCAGCCCUUUGCAGGACGAUGGUGAAGAGCAAGGUGAAUGCGGAGAAGGCAACGCAGAGUGCAAUCAACAACCUCAUCCUCCAGACGAGGGAUGCCAAGACAUCGGCCUCCAACGUCAAGGCAGACAAGUCGCUAAUGGACGUGUGCAACGAGAUGUACGAAGACGCCUUGUCGAACCUCAUGACCAGCCUCCAGAACCUCAAGUCCCAUGACAAGCCCAGCCUUCAGAGCAACCUCUCCGCCGUCAUCUCUGACCUAGAGACUUGCAAGGACACGUUCGCCGAGUCCAAUGCCAAAUUACCCUUCGAGAAGAUCAUCACCCUCCUGGAGCAGAUGGCCAGCAACUCCUUGGCCUUGGCCGCUGAGGUCCACUAAAUUAUAUGAUCAUAACAUGAAGAGGAAUGAAGGAUUGUCAUUGCGAAUUUACUUAGUGUUUUAGAAUUGUGUUGUGGGGAUUAAGUGAGGGAGAGGGAAGCCAUGUUUUGCGAUGUGAAUUGAGAAGAGUUUCUGAUGGAGUUUCAUGCACUCCCUAGUUUUAAAAACUCGUGCAUGUUUGAUAUUCGAUUCCAAUAAAAGUAAUGAUCAAGAGUAUUGAUUUAACUUCA